AUGUUUAUAAAAAAAACCAUUAAAGAAAAAAUUAGAUACAUUUUAGUUACUUUGUUUUUCUUAAGUUAUAUUUUUCUCAUUAAAGAAAAUGAAGCUGUAAAAAAUACAACUAACAAUUAUUUAAUAAUCCCAUUUAAAGAAAGGAGAACAAAUUAUUUGGGAUAUGUUAGUGCAGGAAAUUCCAAGUUAAAUAAAGAAAAUAAUGGCUUCAUGAAAUUCAAAAAUGAUAAAAAUUUUUCCUUGCAUAAUAAAAAAUUGAAUUUUAGGAAUGGUUUUAAUAAAAAGUUAGCUUUUGAAUUAAAGGAAAGUUUACAAAAUAAUAUGAAUUUAAGUGAAAAAGAGUAUGAUGUGGCAAUUAUAGGUUGUGGUGUCGGUGGUCAUGCUGCAGCAAUAAAUGCUAUGGAAAGAAAUUUAAAAGUUCUUAUUUUUGUAGGGGAAGAAGAUUGUAUUGGAGGAACUUGUGUUAAUGUUGGUUGUAUACCAAGUAAAUCAUUGUUAUAUGCAACAAAUAAAUACAGAGAAUUGAAAAAUUUAGAUAAGCUAUAUAAUUAUGGUAUUUAUAGUAAUUUAUUUAUGAACAAAGGAAACAAUGAAAUGGAAAGUAAUCAGUUAGUUGCUAAUAGUUUUAAAAUGAAUACGAAUAAAUUAAAAGAAUACACACAAGGAGUUAUUAACAAGCUAAGAAAUGGAAUAGCACACGGGUUUAAAACUCCAAAAUUUAGUAAAAAUUCUGAACUUGUUCAGGUAAUUUACGAGUAUGGUGAAUUAAUUGACAAAAAUACUAUAAAAAGUAAAAAGAGUGGAAAUAAAUAUAAGGUAAAAAAUAUUAUUUUAGCAACUGGAUCAACCCCCAAUAUUCCUGCAAAUGUUGAAGUAGAUGAAAGAAGUGUAUUCACUAGUGAUCAGGCAGUGAAAUUAGAAGGAUUGAAGAAUUAUAUGAGCAUUAUUGGAAUGGGUAUUAUUGGCUUAGAGUUUGCAGAUAUAUAUACAGCGCUAGGCUCAGAAGUUACCUUUUUCGAAUAUUCUUCUGAAUUAUUACCAAUAAUUGAUAGUGAUGUAGCUAAGUAUUUUGAAAAAGUGUUUUUAAAAACAAAACCUGUAAAUUACCAUUUAAAUACAGAAGUGAAAUAUAUAAAAGCAUCCAAAAAUAAUAGUCCUGUUAUCAUAGGAUAUUCAGAAAGAAAUGAAAAAAAUUACAUGUCAGAAGUUAAAGAACUUUAUGUUGAUAGCUGUUUGGUCGCAACUGGGAGAAAACCGAAUACACAAAAUAUGGGUUUAGAAAAUAUGAAAAUACAAAUGAACAGGGGUUAUGUUUCAGUGGAUGAAUAUUUAAGAGUAAAAAAAGAAAAUAACGAUAUUUAUGACAAUAUAUUUUGCAUAGGGGAUGCUAAUGGAAAACAAAUGUUAGCUCAUACAGCUUCUUAUCAAGCAUUAAAAGUAAUUGAUUUCAUUGAAAAUAAGGAGAAAAAUAAGGUUAAUGAAUCUUCAAAGAAUAAUUUAAAUAAGCCUAUAUUAUACAAAAAUAUACCAUCUGUAUGUUAUACAAAUCCUGAAUUGGCUUUCAUCGGUUUAACAGAAAAGGAAGCAAAAAAAAAAUACCCUAAUAAUGUUGGAGUAGAAAUUUCUUAUUAUAAGUCUAAUUCAAAAAUAUUGUGUGAAAACAAUAUUUCUUUGCAUGGAAAUAAAGACAAUUCAUAUAACAAAGGACAAUAUAAUACUACUGAUAACACCAAUGGUAUGGUUAAAAUAAUUUAUAAACAAGACACAAAGCAAAUUUUAGGGAUGUUUAUAGUUGGUAAUUAUGCUUCUGUUUUAAUUCAUGAAGCUAUGUUAGCAAUUAAUUUAAAUUUAACUGCUCAUGAUUUAUCAUAUAUGGUUCAUUCUCAUCCAACUGUCAGUGAAGUUUUAGACAGUGCCUUUAAAUCUAUAUCAAAAAUAAGAACUCAUUAA